AUGCCCCACCCCCAGGAGUCCGGCAGCCCCGCCUUUGCUUUGGCCCAGGACUCAGAUGCCCUGGUUUGCAGCCUGGUCCUGCCCUCCAUCCUGGCCCUCGGACUGCAGAGUUCUCCGGCAUCAGAGCCGCAGGCCGGCCAGCAGAGACGCUUCCUCCCCGUCGGACCCCAGAACCCCCUGAGUGCGCGCCCUCGGCCUCCUGGGGCCGGCCCCCUGGGCGGCCGCUGGCCGCGGCUCCCUGGGCUGGGGCAUCGGGAGCGGGCAGGGCGAGGGAACAGGUUGUGCCGGCUGCGCGCAGGCACGGCUCUGGGUUUCUGUUUACUUCCCGGCCCGCCCCUGGGACCCAGGGUCCGCCGCUCCCCUGGGCGCCCAGGCCGCGGGGUUCGGGGCGCCGGGGCUGCGAUGCCCAGGGGGGUCCGGGGCGGCUCAGCCGCCGCCGGCCCCCAGCCCUCCCCCAUCGCGACCCAUCCUCCCGCACCUGUCUGCGCCCCCUUCCCGCCCCCGGGGCGGAAGCCCACACCUGCCCGCGGGACCCAGGUGUCGCGCGGGGCCCGGCUCUGCGGAAGGCGCCUGGGUCCCCAGCCCCUCGACCCUUGCCCUAGGGUCGGAAGCCCGGUCCGUCGGUCUUUCCUGCGGCCGCCAGAGCCUUUCCGGCCCUGGGGGUCCGGCCGCUCGUCCCCGCACCCUCUCUCCCCCGGCCCACCCAACCCAAGGCGCGAAGACCUCUGCCCUCGGCGUCCCCCCAGACUCUUACCUGUCGCCUCCCGCCAAGGUCCCCACAGUCGCUGGUCCCCUCUUCCGGAGGCGGUGCCAGGUGCGCGGCCCGCACAGGACUGGCUGACCCGCUACGGCUACUUGCCGCCGCCCAACCCCGCCCAGGCUCAGCUCCAGAGCCUGGCGCAGCUGAGCGACGCCAUCAAGGUCAUGCAGCGCUUUGCCGGGCUGCCGGAGACCGGCCAACUGGACGCCCAGACAAUGGCCACCAUGCACAAGCCCCGCUGCUCCCUGCCGGACAUGCUGGGCGUGGCGGGGCUGGUCCGGCGUCGCCGCUAUGCUGUGAGUGGCAGUAUGUGGAAGAAGCGGACCCUGACCUGGAGGGUGCGCUCCUUCCCGCAGAGCAGCCUGCUGAGGCCUGAGACCGUGCGGGCCCUCAUGCACCACGCCCUGGCUGCCUGGGGCGUUGAGUCGGGGCUCAGAUUCCAUGAGUCAAGGUCUCAGGACCCUGACGCCGAUAUUCUCAUCGACUUUUCCCGGGCCUACCAUCAAGACAGUUACCCCUUCGAUGGGCCUGGGGGCACCCUGGCCCACGCCUUCUUCCCUGGGGAGCACCCCAUUUCUGGGGACACGCAUUUUGACGAUGAGGAGGCCUGGACUUUUGGCUCUGAAGAUGGCGAGGGCACAGACCUGUUCGCCGUGGCGGUUCACGAGUUCGGCCACGCCCUGGGCCUGGGCCACUCUUCAGCACCCAAUUCCAUCAUGCGGCCCUUCUACCAGGGCCCCGUAGGCGACCCCAGCAAGUACCGCCUGUCCCAGGACGACCGAGACGGGCUUCAUCAGCUCUAUGGGAAAGGGCCCCAAACCCCACACACCGAGCCCACAAUGAAACCCCUGGCACCUCCGCCCCGGCCUCCCGUGCUGCCCCCAGACAGCCCCUCCACCCCAGUCCCUGAUCGCUGUGAGGGCAAUUUUGAUGCCGUUGCCAACAUCCGAGGCGAAACCUUCUUCUUCAAAGGCCCCUGGUUCUGGCGCCUCCAGCCCUCGGGACAGCUGGUGUCGCCCCGGCCGGCCCGGCUGCACCGCUUCUGGGAGGGGCUGCCCACGCAGGUGAUGGUCAUCCAAGCCGCCUAUGCGCGUCCCCGAGAUGGUCGGAUCAUCCUGGUCAGCGGCCUCCAGUUCUGGGUGUUCAAGGACCGGCAGCUGGAGGGGGCGGCCAUGCCGCUGACUACGCUCGGGCUGCCCCCGGGGGAGCAGGUGGACGCGGUGUUCUCGUGGCCGCUAAACGGGAAGACCUACCUGGUCCGCGGGCAGCAGUACUGGCGGUAUGAUGAGGCGGCUGCCAGCCCCGACCCCGGCUACCCGCGCUCCUUAAGUCUGUGGGAAGGGGCACCUUCCGCCCCCGAUGACGUCACCAUCAGCAACACAGGUGACACCUACUUUUUCAAGGGCACCUACUACUGGCGCUUUGCCAAGGGCAGCGUCAUGGCCGAUGCCGACUCCCCACUUCCCAUGGGGCCCAAGUGGCUGGACUGCCCUGCUCCUAGCGGUGACCCACCCAAAGCACCCUCCCAGCCUGCAGGCUGCAACUGUCAGUGUGAGAUUAAUGGGGCCCAGGGACGCCCACCCCUAUCCCUGACCCUCCUGCUGCCCCUCCUGACCAUGCUGGUGGGGCCCAUCGCCUCUUGCUGA